ACCCGCGCCACUACGCCACUCGUACUUCGCUAACGACACGACCAACGCGCUUCCAAACUAAUAAUUCGAAUUUUCAAAAUACGACGCGUUCGGAAUGACAGUUUGAUUUUUUAAAUCAUGUGGCUCUGGUUCGUUUUUGUCGCCGCGGCCGCGGUGCUGUCGGGCGUCGAGAGCGCCGGCGCCGGCGCCGCCCGCCUUGUCUGUUAUGUGGAAAGCGCGCGCGCGACCGACGGAUUUUCCGAGUGCACACAUCUCGUUUACGCGGGCGACGCGAGAGGAGAUAAACUCGAUGCUUUGUUGAAGGAAUACAAGAAGAACAACCCCCGGCUGAAAGUUAUAUUGAGAAUAUCGGAGGUUGACAAGGAUCUCCGCAGCCUUCUGAAAUUGAAGCACGUGCAAGGAUUGGAGAUCUACGAUGCUCACAAGUCUCUCAACAGGACCAAGGUCCUGGAGACCGUUGAGGCAGCUCGUACUGCCAUUAGCUCUUCAGGAGGUGGCCCGCUGUUCCUGGCGCUCCCAGCCCACCCUGAACUCUUGGCCAAGUACUACGACCUGAGAACGCUGGUGAAAAAAGUGGAUCUCUUGAUGGUCCAGACCCAUGCCUUGGGAUUGGUGAAGAAGAUGACCUACCAUCCUAGUAGGUUGAGCGGCAUGUGGGACAUGAUGAAUACUGAUUCCGUAGUAGACCUCGUCAUUGGUCUCGGUGUGCCAUCAUCAAAGAUUGUCAUCAGUCUGCCGGCGACUGCUCUACAGUUCACCCUGGUCAAUGAGACCCUCAGUACUCCUGGCAGUCCUACAGAAGACGACAAGCCUAAGGAAAUAGACCAGGCUGAGCUCUGCAGGCAGCUUAGAUCUGGACGGUGGACUUUGGAGAGAGACCAGGAUCUGUCAGCGCCUUAUGCUUUUAAGAACAAAACCUGGAUAUCCUUCGAAGACUCAUCCUCAAUUGACGUGAAGGGCAAGUACGCCAGAGUCCGCGGCCUGGCUGGCCUGGCCCUGCAACAAGCUGAACGUGACGUGGAGUCAGCUUGCGGCCCCACCCUCAGAGCGUCUCUUGCGAAGGUGCUCAACCAGCAGAGUCGAGCGCCCAGAGCUGCUGUUCUAAGGUCUUUAGAACACGAGAUCCUAUCAGCUCCUAGUCAUGUUCGCGCCUUGGACGCUCUGCAGGUGUCACCGUACAGGAUCACACAGGUUGUUGACUCUGACGGUGUCAUCCACUCCAUUAGAGAGGACACUCGCACGGAAUUCUCUUGCUCCCGUCAAGGAUACUUCGUGCACCCUCGUUCCUGCGCUCGCUUCUACCGCUGUGUCAAGUUCGACCAGCUGUCACCCGAAUAUACCGUUUUCGAAUUUGACUGUCCCGCGGGAUUAGCUUUUGACAAUCGUUACGAGGUGUGCGUAUGGCCAGGAAGUCUUCCACACUCACAAGCCUGCCCCGGAUCCUCUGAGAUUGCGCCCGUACCAAAGACCAGGUUCAUCUGUCCUGAACAUGAAGGUUACUACGCUGACCCCGAGAACUGUCGCUGGUUCUUCGCUUGUCUGGACCACGGAAAGUCUCCUCUAACAGCGUACGAGUUCCGUUGUCCUUUCGGUCUGGGUUUCGACGCCGAGCGACUCAAGUGUGACUGGCCUUGGUUGGUGCCAGCGUGCGGUAACAUUGCCAGAUACGAGGCUGAGACAUAUGGGUUCUCUGCUGCUACUCUUACUGGUGCAGCAGGCUAUCAGGGUCAAACCGCAGAUGCUAUUAACGUAGCUGCCCAUCAAAGCCUCGUCUCCGGCGCUUCUCUCAACAACCACGUUGGCAUCCAAGGGGGAUUCCUCACUAGUGAAGACGCUCUGGACUCUAACUUCAUCGCUUCCCAAGAACUAGCGAAUGCUGGUCAUUCUUACGAAAUUGGAGAUGGUUCAGCCCAUGCUGGAAAUGGCUUAGCUUACCAAGUAGGAGCCGCUGGAUCUAUCCAUGCCGGAGCAGGUCUGGUUCAACCGACUCAAUAUAGAGAACAACAACAAUAUUCCAGUGGCUCGAUCAUCUUGGAUGACUACAGGCUGCCUACUAAAGAAGAAGCUCAAAGGCAAGCUGCUCACAAAAUUAAUAUUGUACAAAGUACUAAUUCAGGAAAUGUACAUCAACAAUCAGGACAAACGUCUGGUUAUUCUACACAGUCCGGACACACCAAUGGAUAUGUAUCUCAUGGUGCCGGUCAAGAUGCGGGAUAUAUCGUUCAAGCUGGGGGAAAUGCUGCUCAAUACAAUGGAUACACGGGAUCAUAUGCCACAGGGAACAGUCAAAAGUACCAAAGUUCAAGUUACGAUGACGAUAAUUCAGGAGCUUACGUGCACGAUCCUUCAGGAGACUACGCAGAACCCUACAAACAUAUUGGUUCACCAGUUGAACCCUACGUGCACCAAGAUGCUGCUUACAAACAGUCUGGAUAUGAUUAUGAUUAUGGAAAAUAUUCAGGAUCGUCUCAGAGCAGUUUUGGAGGUAAAUACACUGAAGAUAACGUUGGAAAGUAUGUUCAAGAUAAUUUUGGAGCAUAUGUGGAGGCAAACAUUGGAAGCAAUGGUUACAAAGGAACCUACUCUACUGGCUACUCCACUGGUUAUAGCGCUGAUAAUUCUGGAGCAUACAAACACGACAACUCUGGACAGUAUGAAGCUGGAGUGUACAGAGCCAACGGCCAUAUCGGUGAAGGGAAAGCUACUAGCCAAUCUAACUUCCAGCAAUAUCACGGAUACAGCGAAGCUAAUGCUGGAAACUAUAUCAGUGAUCCAAAGGCUUACACUGGUUCAUCUCACACUUUGACUGCAGGAGCUAUCAAUGUUGGAUUAGUCGGUAAGACAACUCUGAUUGACGCUGAUUAUAACGACCAAGUUAAUUAUUAUGAAACAGACUCAAAAGCUACAGGCCAAGGCAGUUAUCAAGGCUCAAAAUCUUACAGUCACUCUACCCAAACAUUACAUCCAGCUCAUGUUUCAUUGGUGUCUCAACCAGCUGUUGCCAUAAACCAUGUUGGCACUGAUGGUAACAACCUUGACGGAUACAGCUACGUGACUACUCCUACUUCUUCAGGAGUUCCAACUACUGCCACUCCAUUCGCAGUAACAACAUCGAUCCCAACAGUGACGUAUAAAACUACAUUCGUACCUGAAGCACCUAAGACAAGCGUAAAGCAAAUAUUUGGUGUUUCUCAACCAUCGGUUACCUACGUACAACCAACGGCUAUAGCUGUAAAACAAGUCACUCCUCAGGUGUUUGUUGCGGAUCACAAUCAAGGUGUAAACUUCCAACAUGAUAGCAAGGAUUACUCGGGCAGCUACAACGGUGAAACAAAAGUUGAGUCUGGUUACGAAUAUUCCAAACCCAGUAUUAAGUUCGAAGAUGGUAUAUCCUACACUACUGCAGCGCCAGCAAUUUCUGUAUCUACUUAUCAACCUGAAAGUGUUAGUCACAAUCAGCAAACCGUCCAUAAUGUUGAGUCCGUCGGCUUUGGGUAUUCUACUCCUACGCCCGUUUAUGAGGAGCCUUUCAAGAAGGUCGUAGCUUACACAACUGGACCAUCGGUAUCUACAUACUCUCAACCAACCGCUGCCACAUACACUCCACACUCUUUUAGCCACCAGACCAUUCAUAAAGUAGAAACUAGCAAAGUCUAUACACCAUCUGUUGAAUCUGCAUCAGUUGAUACUGGCUAUGAUUACUCCAAAUCUGGAGUGACUUUCGAAGAACCUAAAGUGGUACAAUACACAACGGCGCAACCGGCGUUAGCUGUUCAGCCUAUUGUAUCAACCUAUGAGCCACAAGUUGUCAGUCAUCAAACUCUCCAUAAAGUAGACGCGAACCGUGUCAACACUUACUCAGGAGAAUCUUCAUCAGGAGUAUCAGGAUACACUUACGAACAACCCUCUGUUCAAUUUGAGGAAGGUAAGAAUGUAUAUUCGACUCCAGCACCGAUCGUAUCUUCAACAUACAGUCCUAAAGUAUUCAGUCACCAAACUAUCCACAAAGACAUUAAGCAAUAUGUACCAGUUUCCACUACACCUAAGUAUGAAGUUAGCUACCAGUCGACUCCAGUAACAGUUUACGAAAACCCAAUCAUUCAAUAUACACAGAAGGCAACACCUGUUACUUUCGUUGAACCUACUUAUAAAUCUCAGUCAUUUAGCCAUCAAACAAUACAUAAGGUAGAAGACAACAAAUCUUACAAUGUCGAAUCAGGAUAUGAAUACUCUAAGCCUGCUGUAGCUGUAAACGACCAGGUUCAUUACACUACUGUUAAACCUUCUGUCUCGACCUACCAACCACAAGAGUACGGUCAGCAAACUUUACACACCGUCGAUGCUAGUCAGGUUCAAACAUACAGCCAAGAAGAUGGCUACACCUACAAUAAGCCCGCUGUGAAAUUUGUAGAGGAACCUAAGACUGUGUUCCAGUACUCUACUCCAUCACCAAUUGUGUCAUCUACAUACAGACCCCAGACAUAUAGCCACCAGACUAUUCAUAAAGUGGAAAGCCAAAAUUAUGUUCCAGUUUCAUCCACGCCUGCACCUAAAGUUGAAUUGUCUUACCAACAAGCCGUCUCAACAUACGAAAAUCCCAUUCUUAAGUACACACAGAAGGUGACUCCAGUAACGUACGUGCAGCCUACAGCGACAGUGUAUACGCAAACGUACAAGCCGGUCAUUCAGCAGCACGAAGUGAAGCACAUUGUCAGCCAACCUGUACAAUACGAACAACAACAGGUACACAUCAGUCAAGAAGGAUAUUCGUAUAGCCAGCCUGAAAUCCAGAGAAACAUCGAAUCUAAAGCUUAUUCUGACGCAAGUGCUGUAUCUCACCAAGUCUAUCACCAAUCCAACGUAAAUAAUUACAAUUCUGGUAAGAAUGUUGUACAUGUAACAACUUCACCUGCAACCCUUAUCUAUGAGAACCAUUAUGUUGACGUUGAGUCACCAAAAGUAGAAACAUACCAGGCUCCUGAAUAUAUUCCACCGAAGAACGAUUACAAAUCCUAUUCAGUUUCUACCGCUUCAGCUCCUGUUGUUCAUCAAAGCUCUGUAGUUCAUCAAACUCAAGAGUACGUAGCUCGUAAAGUGGAAUACCAAUCAUAUUCUAUUGGAUCGACAGCAUCGACACCCAAAUCUUAUUCCGUGAGUUCAACUGCCUCUGCACCAGUGGUUCACCAAAGCUCCGUAGUGCACAAGACUCAAGAAUAUUUACCUCCCCAGACAUACUCUGUCUCUACAGCGUCGACGCCAAUUAAUGAACAAAGCGCUGUCUUCUACCAAAGUCAAGACAACUACGAUUACUCGCAACAGUACGAAAACAUACAUCAUUCAGUGCCGGCAGUACACCAGCAUUCUUUCAGCACAUCUCAUGUUGAACAGCCACAGAAAGUAGAGUCCAUUCACAUUUCUUUCCCUAGUUCUACGGUUUCACCUGCCUAUCAGCAGGUGGAAUAUCAAGCUCCUGAGAUUCAAGUAGUCUCAAAGGGAGAAGAAUAUUUGCCACCCGUAGUAUCCACAAGCGCACCUGUUGUAACAUCAACUUUCAGGCCUAGAACUUACUCCACUGUAUCUACAACUCGGGAGUAUCUGCCACCAGCAGAACCCAAAUAUGAAUACCUGCCACCAUCCACCACUGCUAAACCCAUCAUCAAAUCCACUACACCAGCGUACAGAGCAGAAUCCACAACCGCAUACAAAGCCUCAGAAUAUUUGCCACCUGUAGAAAAUAAUGAAUCUAAGCUAAUCAAUUUUGAAAGUUUUGGUUUUAAUGAGGCAAAUGCUGACUCCAAGAUUCAAUACAAUCCUUACCAAGAGAUUACUGUUACCCAUAACGCUGCUCCUGUAGAAAGAAAACAUAACAUUGUGGUAGAAACUGCCAAGUCUCACUUACUUGGAUUUGGAACUGUCGGGCCUGAUGCUGGGUUAGUGUCCCCAGUAACGUAUACGACAUCUGCUCCUGUUGCAUCCUCCACAUACAGACAGAGAGUAAAAUCAACAGCUAGACCUGCGUACAAAUACAGCACCACCACUGAGUACCAGGCUCCAGAAUACUUGCCGCCUUCAGAUGAUUUGGAAUCGAACGUCAACUACGAAAGUUUUAAAUACAACGAACAAGAAUCUGGAAUCAAAUUUAAUCCUUAUCAAGAAGUUACUGUGUCAUCCACCUCAGCCCCAGUGCAAAGGAAACAAAACAUUGUGAUUCAAACAGCUAAAUCUCAACAACUUGGAUUUGGUACGGUAGGCCCUGAUGCUGGCCUCGUUUCACCUGUCUCGUACACAACCUCGGCACCAAUUGUUGUAUCAAGCACCGAAUCGUAUUCGCAAUCGCCAAAGACGGUUACGUCUACAUACGCACCUGUUGAACAACAAGGUUUGUUCGAAGUUGUACCGUCCACAGUACCCGCAAGAAGAACAAAACCUAAAGUAGCCGUUGUCACUAAAAUCAACGAUUUCAAUCCCUUCCUCGUCCGAAAACUGGGAGCUGUAUGCAGCUGCCAGUCGCCAGUUCUAAUCUUGAAAGGCAAAAGGCCAACUCAGGCUCCUCAAGACCUCGGAGACUACAAUGACUAUGAAAGUGGACAACGUGGAGAUAUUGGCGAAGAAGGUUACGGGGACAGAUAUAGUAAAUUACAAUCACAAGUAGAUUCAGUUGCUACUGCAGCUCCAAUUGUAUCUUCCACUUUCAACCCCAUAAUUGUUCCCGACGAUUCUUUCUACCAAGACUAUCAGGAGCAGAGUGGAUAUGAUGUGGCUGUUACCUCUAAGCCUAAGGCUGUUUAUUCUGAAAGCUAUGUAUCAAGCACACCCGCUGUGGUUUCUUCCACAGAAAAGUAUAUUAGAGUCAGACCUCGCGUUAAGGCUGUUACUGUUGCUCCAACAUACAAAACUGUUUUGUUGAACCAAGAAGCUACACAAACUGUAAAUGCUAAAGAUGAAUCUGGUUCUGGAUCUGCAAUCGAUUCUCAAGCCUUUGACCGAUACGGUCCUGGUGGAUGGAGAAGUAGGGAUGAGACGUUGCAAGGUUCGGUCGACUGUCAGCGGGCUGGCUUGUUCCGACACCCGAAGCAGUGCAACAAGUUCUACGCGUGUAGAUGGGACUGUACCAAACAGAGGUUCACGCUUCAUGUGUUUAACUGCCCAGUACAACUGAGCUUCGACCCCAGCAUAGGCGCGUGUAACUGGCCCAGCCAGGGCCCCGCGUGCCAGGGAGACACACUCCUCACCAACGUUCUAUAAGUACCUUAACAUAGUUGCCAAUCUCGUCGUGCCAUCGAAAAUGUGAUAAAAUGUGAUCACGAAUUUUCCAUAACUCUCUCCUCGAAACAGUUGGACGAUUUGUCUCUCUCUUGUUUAAGUUGCUUAUUUAUUUGUUCGGUUUUGUUAAUGUUAUUUCAAAGUUAUUUAUUGCAUAAUCAUUUUCAGCUUGAAGCUUACUACUACUAAGCCUAGUGAAUUUUCAUUAUUGGAAUUAGAGUUACCAUUUUCUAGUUCAUGUUAUUGUAAAAUAGUGGAGUCAUAUUUUUGUAUUUUUAUAAAUUAAUAUAGAAAUAAUAUGCUGUAAUUUGUAAAUAUAUGAUUUUAUUCAAUGAACAAGUUGUUUAUUUUUUAACAAUGCUUUAAUACGUGUAAUCAUAAUUAUAAAAAGCAAGCAGCAAAAUGCAAAUUGUUUAAAUCAUCAAUGCGACAGGUUUAGCUACUUCAUCCAAAGAGUGUUUGUACUUGUUGAGUACGGGUUUGACCUCUUCUUCAAUAAACUCGGUCACUUGUUCUGGAGCUCUACCAAUAAAUGUAGACGCAUCCAGGAUCUUGUCCAGUUGCGAUAUAAUAGGAGCAAAGUAGCUGUCGUUCUUCACACGUUCGAUCAAAUCAUUAUCUUUUCCAUGCUGUUUCACUUGAGCACCAGCUUCGUGCGACAGUACUCUUAUUUUCUCAUGACAUACCUGGCGAUCGCCACCAGCCUGGACCAUGGCCAUGAUAAUAUUCUCAGUGGCCAUGAAGGGUAGCUCCUGAUCAAUAUGACGAGCAAUCACUUUAGGAUACACGACCAACCCUUGGCAGAUAUUGAGCAGGGUCAGUAAAGUGGCGUCUGCGGUUAAGAAGCCUUCAGCAAGAGUGAUGCGGCGGUUCGCUGAAUCAUCAAGAGUACGUUCAAGCCACUGUACAGCGUGGGUGUUAGCAGCAUUAGCGUGUAAAGUAAUGAGGUGGCGGGCAAGAGCGCAGCAGCGUUCCGACCUCAUUGGGUUCCUUUUGUAAGGCAUAGCACUGGAACCUAUCUGGGAGGCUUCGAAAGGCUCCUCUAGCUCCUUGCGUGAAGCUAACAGACGAAUGUCAGAGCACAUUUUAUGAACAGUAGCUCCAAGCCCGGAUAAAGCAGAAAUUACUUCCAAAUCAACUUUUCUUGAAUAAGUUUGUCCGGUAACGAUGUACCGCUUGUCGAAGCCGGCGAGUUCAGCAACUCUUUUAUCGAGAGCUCGAACUUUUUCACCGUCUCCCUUGAAGAGUUGAAGGAAGGAGGCUUGAGUUCCUGUAGUUCCUUUGACUCCUCGGAAGCGGAGGUCGUCCCUGGCGCGGGAGAGAACACGUUCAUCCAUGAGCAAAUCACUGAGCCAAAGUGAAGCUCUCUUGCCGACAGUGGUCAGUUGAGCUGGUUGCAGAUGAGUAAAUCCGAGCAUUGGGAGUGACCUGAAAUUAGUAACGCAUUUAUUAAAUACAAUGAAUUCAAAAGUUAUUAAAGUAUUUGACUGCUUGCUGC